AUGGCACUGUCCUGCUCACCUGAAGCUCUCGCUUCUCCUCAACUCUUUGGAGGGCACGUCAUCUCUUUGGAGGCCAACCUAGUGGAAAACUACAAUGCCACAGCCUACGGUCUCCUCUACUAUGGACACCCAACAGUCACCGUGAAGAAUCUCGAUUUCUGCAACGUGACUGUAACAUACACCCAUCCUGGCCAAAACGACACCAUUCACGUUGAGACGUGGUUGCCAAUUGACAACUACAACGGCCGGCUUCAGUCUGUUGGAGGCGGCGGGUGGAUUGCAGGCCGGUACUCCCCGAGCUACACGGCCAUGACUGGCGCAGUGGGGGAAGGAUACGCUACAAGCACCACAGAUGCUGGAUUGUCCAUGAGAGAUGAUUUGGGGCCGGACAACUGGGCUUUGGCCAGCGAGGGGAACCCAAAUCUCUAUUUGCUCAACAACUUUGGGUCUGUCUCUCUCCAAGACCAGGCCAUCAUUGCCAAGGGCUUGGUUGCCAGUUUUUACGGUCAAGGUCCCGAGUACUCGUACUGGAGCGGCUGCUCACAGGGUGGUAGGCAAGGAAUGAUGCUUGCUCAGCGAUAUCCAGAUGCAUACGACGGGAUCCACGCCUGUGCUCCAGCAUUGUUUUGGAACCAGCUGCUUGCAUCGGCUUUCUGGCCCCAAAUGUUGAUGAUGGACAUGGAUUAUUACCCCUAUCCCUGCGAACUGAAGGCGAUUACCACGGCGGCAGUCAAUGCAUGCGAUGGCCUUGAUGGUAUUGUCGACGGCAUAAUCGCUGACGAUACUGCCUGCGCAUUUGACCCCCUCUCCCUGGUCGGGGAAUCAUUCGCUUGUUCCGAUACUGGGAAGAAUAUGACUAUUUCUCAGAAUGCAGCAACAUUGGCCAAGGCUGCCUGGGCUGGCCCGGAAACAAAGGGUGGCAAGUUCAUGUGGUACGGGCCAAACAUCGGUAGCCAGCUCACGGGAUCAACAACUGCGCUCACGAACGACAUUGGGACUGCCAUGACCUCGUGUUCCUCUGAUGGGAAGUGCACAGGCGUCCCCGUGGGACUUGGAGAAGUCUGGAUCAAGUACUUUCUUGAAGCUGAUUCCGAGUGGUCGUAUGAGAACAUGACCCGUGAUGACUUUGAGCAUUAUUUCCACGCUUCCAUACAGCGUUAUGACUCUAUUAUCGGGACAAACGAUCCAGAUUUGACUGCCUUUUACAAAAAGGGUGGCAAAAUUCUGGGCUACCAUGGAAUGAGUGACCAAAUUAUUCCCGUCAAAAGUACAGAGCACUACUACGACAUGGUGGAGAAAGUAAUCCCAGGCGCAGACCAUUUCUAUCGCAUGUUCGAAGUUCCAGGCCUCCUGCACUGUUCCGGCGGAUCUGGAGGUCAGCCCUCGAAUACGUUCGACGCCCUGAGAGCGUGGGUUGAGAACGGAACCGUCCCAGAGAAACUGCCGCAUUCGUACAAAGACGACAAUGGAGAGGAGAAGAAUCGUCUUCUGUGCCCAUACCCGAAGAUGGCAAAGAUUAAGCAGGAUGGGAGGAGCGCGAAUGGAACUCUCCAGAGCGACGACUUUGUGUGUGUCUAG